UCCACGUACGAUCGCGAGACGCGAGAAACAGUCUAACUCUUGAUGUUGAGCUCUGUCCUGAGGGGUUCUUAGCUGAUCCGGAUCGUAUUGCCAAAAAGGCAUUGGCCUUCGCAAGAUAACGUCGUUAGUGUUAUUGGGUUUACAAGUUAUAGAAGUCAGGUGGCGCACUCUUUUUUGUGUGACAUUGCUGUAGAGGUCAUUGGUCAUUCAGUUCUGCGAGUGGAUAGAAGAUGCUUUCCAGUGUGAUCACCACCCAUUCCCCUCACUCAUCCCCUCCGACCAGCCCAACGGGGAUAGGGCCGACUUCACCCCGCAAUGAGGCCCGCAUGACCGCCCAGGCCAAACGCCACAAGUACUUGCGCCGCAUCCUACGCUUCCGUCAGAUGGACUUUGAGUUUGCCAUGUGGCAGAUGAUCUAUCUUCUGGUGGCUCCUCAGAAAGUAUACCGCAAUUUUCAGUACAGAAAACAAACCAAGAACCAAUUUGCUCGGGAUGAUCCAGCUUUCCUUGUCCUUCUGAGUGUCUGCCUAUGUGCUUCUUCGGUAGGAUUUGCCUUUGUGUUGGAUUUACAUUUUGUUGGAUUCCUCAAGUUUCUUCUCUGGGUAGUGUGUAUUGACUGCAUUGGUGUUGGACUCUGUAUUGCGACGGCUCUCUGGUUCAUAACAAACAGAUAUCUUUUGAUAUCACAUCGUGGUCAAGAUGUUGAAUGGGGCUAUGCUUUUGAUGUUCAUCUCAAUGCUUUCUUUCCUAUUCUCAUCAUUCUUCAUGUGUUUCAGCUCAUUCUUUACAUGCCAAUUAUUAAUAGAGAUUCUUUCCUUUCAACAUUCUUUGGUGACACACUGUGGGUGAUUGCGAUUGGAUACUAUAUCUACAUUACUUUUCUUGGUUACAGUGCGUUGCCAUUUCUCAAGAGGACUGUUGUGCUCCUGUACCCCCCGUGUGUCACACUAUUCUGCCUCUACAUCCUCUCUGUUACUCUCAACUGGAACAUCAGUCGGACAGUCAUGCACUUUUACAGAUACCGCGUCAAGUAAAUCCCUUGAAACUGAAGCGAAAAGAAAGACAGAGACUUCAAAUAAAUUAUAUACCACACUUGUAUAGUGCAUAAUCGUAUGAGCCGACAUCUGUGUGCACUUGGUCAGAACGGUUGGUACAUUCUUCUGUCACAGUUACCCUGUGUUUUUGGUACGCUUUCACUUGGGGGCUACAACCUUCAUCCGGGCACCGUCUUACAAAGAGUUGUGAUUGAUCUGAUCAACCACAACUAUGGAAAGCCAGCAACGUCAACAUGAAAUACAUGUUUGUUCAAACCGUUUUCUAGGUGUAAUGUGUAUCCAUACAUUCAGCCAUCAGUAUCUUAAUAUAUCAGCAUGCUUCCUCUUUAUUUGGAAAGGACAGUUUGCGAAUUUCCUGUAGAAAAAAAUUAUGACAAUGAUGGAUUUCCAUAUAGUUGAUAUUGAUUGGAUCAAUCACAACUCU